AUGCUUGAUUUUGGUUUAUUUUUUUUUUUUUCGUUCGUUCAGGUGGUCAGGACGGAUUCCUUGAAAGGUCGUCGAGGUAGAUUGCCAUCGAAGCCAAAAUCCCCGCAAGAAUCACCACCAAGCUCGCCGGUUUCCCUGAUCACAGCUUUGGUCCGCGCACACCUGGACACGACACCCGAUCAAGCGACCUUGGACUACUCGCAAUAUCGGCAACCAAGUCCUGGCGAUCCACCCAUCACAGAGGCGGAAAAGACGCAACAAUUCUACAAUCUUCUUACCACGUCGAUUGACGUGAUUCGAACGUUUGCCGAUAAAAUUCCCGGCUUCACGGACCUGGUACGAGAGGAUCAGGAGUUACUUUUCCAGUCAGCCAGUCUGGAACUGUUCGUUCUUCGAUUGGCGUACCGUACGAAACCGGAGGACACUAAGCUGACAUUUUGCAACGGCGUGGUCCUGGCAUUGGAACAGUGUCAGCGUAGCUUCGGCGAUUGGCUCCACAGUAUUCUCGAAUUCAGCAAAGCUCUUCACAUUCUCGACGUAGACGCUAGUGCUUUCGCUUGUCUGUGCGCUCUUACCCUCAUUACUGCAAGGUACGGCCUGAAGGAGCCUCAUCGCAUGGAGCAGCUACAGUCGAAAAUAAUAUCGUCGCUCCGCGACCACGUCACCUAUAACGCCGAGGCGCAGAGGAAAGCGCACUACCUGUCCCGUUUGUUAGGUAAACUGCCGGAACUGAGGAGUCUGUCGGUGCAGGGGCUCCAGCGUAUCUUUUACCUAAAACUGGAGGAUCUGGUCCCAGCGCCGCCCAUGAUCGAGACCAUGUUCGUCGGUAGUCUACCGUUUUAAAAACGCCUUUUUAAAAAAUCCCAAGCCAAGCCUAAGGCUGCGUGUCGCCGCAGAUAGAACGCAGAUCCAUAUUCUCGACAUCUUGUGCGGUUGCGUUUACUUACUCGAUUAACUAAGUUUCCUUAGUUUUCUUACACGUGCGUAGCUCGUAGAUUCUCUACCAUCUUCUUGCGUGUAACCCUUUUCUUUUUCUCGCACGAGUGUCGACGCGAGUGAGAGUCACCUUGAGAGGGGUCGCAAACGCGAAUCUCGA